AUGGCCGACUCUCUUCCUAUGGAGAUUGGCUCAACAAUCCAAUCUGCCUCCAUCAAACGAAACCCUUCACCGCACCACGACCUAAAUCCAUCGACGGCAGCUUCUCAUAAAGAACCCGUAAAGCUAUCACAGCCAUCUUCCGAUUCCUCAUAUGCUUACGAUGACGAAGAAGGCAUCGACGAAGAUGAGGAUGAGGACGUUCCGUAUAGCGUGUUAAAACCUUUACCUAGACGGCAAAGUUUUGGUCCACUACCCGAUUUGCGAUUUGAGCAGAGUUAUCUAAGCAGUAUUGCGGGCGCGGAGUCGAAUUGGGGUGUUGCCUUCAUUACAAUCAGAGAUCAGCUUGUUUUACCACUUGUUCAAGGCAUGGUAUGGUCACUUGCUCUUCACGGUUGGAAAUAUUGGAAUCGAACCGCACAACUAAGUGGGGAGAGUGUUGGAGCCCGAGCUAGAAGAUGGUGGUACAAAACAAACAAUUGGAAGUUACCGAAUGGCCUAGGGAAUCUAGGCAAGGACAAGAAAUUUGCAAAGGAAGUGGGAGAUCUUUAUGAGUACCAGAGUUCAGGUGGAGAUUGA